UAUAAUCACCAAAUACAUUGUGAACCAAAAAAGAAACAUCCAAACAUGGCAUUAUCUUUAUCAUCAAUAUCUUCCAUUGUGGGAUGGAAACCAAUGAACAAAUCAAAAAUCUAUCUAUCAAAGAAAAGACACAACAAAAAUGGUUUUUCAAUAAUUUCCCAACAAGAAGUUCAAGAAUCAAUUUCAAUACAACAAGAAGAUAAAGCAAUGAAGCCAGUGAAGGGUGUAACAGAACCUAGGCCCGUUGAGCCACAAGUGAACGUAAAAAGCAAGAACAUGAGUCGUGAUUUUGGAGGUCAAUGGUUAAGUAGCACCACGAGACAUGUUCGAAUUUUUGCGGCUUAUAUCGACCCUGAGACAUUUGCUUUUGAUCAAACUCAGAUGGAUAAGCUUACACUUAUUCUUGACCCGACAGAUGAGUUUGUUUGGACAGCGGAAACGUGCACCAUGGUUUAUUCUUACUUCCAGGAACUCGUUGAUCAUUACGAGGGAGCACCAUUGACGGAGUACACACUACGGCUUAUUGGUUCAGACAUAGAACACUACAUAAGGAAACUUCUUUACAAGGGACAAAUUACAUACAACAUGAACGCAAGGGUGCUUAACUUCAGCAUGGGUAAACCACGUGUUGGUUUCAGUUACAGUGAAUACGAAACCCAAGAUGUAAAGCAGUAGCUUUAGGCCUUCAGCUUGGUUUGGACUCAUAUAAAGUCAUAUUCAUAUUUUUUACUGUUGUUGAUCAAGUGUGCGUGGGACGGAAAACUAGGGGAAUAUAAUGAAACUAGUUGGGUUACCUGCACUCCGCCUCGGAUGUUGACAUGUUAGCAAAUACAUGUAACAUCGUAUUGUAAACAUGAGUUUUAGUUACCAUUGUUAUGGUUACAAAAACAUCAUUAGUUGAUAUAGUGUAAUACCAAACUUUUAGAUAAAA